AUAUAUAUACCAAAACCUAAAAAAGAGGAAAGUAUAAGAAAACAGCAAGAAGAGGAAGAACAUCCUGAUUACUUUGGAGUGACUGGUCACGAACCAAUAUUCACUCGUGAAGAUCCUGAAUUAACUCAUUUAGAUGAAAAUUUUAAAAAUAUCAAAGGUGGUCAAAUUAAACAAGAAUCGAGAAAAGCAAAAGAUUCCGAGCUUGGAAAAUUAGGAAUAGAUACUAUUAAUAUGUCAGAUACUUUGAAUGAUGGUGAAGGUAUUAAGGAAUUAAUUAAGAGAAAUUUAGGUGUAAAUCAGGAACAUCACGCUGUUGAUACAAAACCGGACUAA